AUGCAGGUCCAGAAGAGACGAUCUGCCUUCCCGAAGAAGGCUACACCUCUCGACCCAGAACCACCGCAACCUCAGGAGCCAGAGCUCAAGCUUCCUGCUCUCGACGAUACAGUCCCAGCUGCAGAGGAGUACUCUGUCGAGUUCUAUGAGCAGGAUGGCAACCGAAGAACAAAAUUAAAAGGCGACGAGACAUUCGCGCAAAGCUUGAGUGGUGAGGAUGCUACACCCAUGAAGCAUGCCAUGUACGACAUUCGACGAUCGCUCGGCACGGACAGAGAGAGGGCUGCCUUGGACCAGGUCAUGUCCCAACUUGGUACGACGUGGGAGAACUUGCGAACCUCUGAAGAUGUGAAGAAGGCGGAGGAGGCUCUCGACAGAUACGGCGAUCGACUUGACAAGCAGAUUGAAGAGGUUCUGGGCCACAUGGACGAAGAGUUUCAGGAGGCCGUCACUGGUCAUCUCAGCAUGCUGGUCCCCAGCUUGAGAGGCCGGGUUCCGACAAAACCACGCACACCUAUACCGGAAGUUCCAGAGACGUCCUAUACAAUGAACCAGCGGAAAAAGGUCUCUAGGCUGAACGCCACUAUGCGCCGUAUUGCCAAGGAGCUCAACUUCUCCAACGCAAAAGUCGAUGCGAAGCAGGUAUCGGCCGUCUUCAGAGCGUACCACGCUGCACGCAAGUCCCUGGAGCAGAGCUGGGACAGCGUGCCCUUACCCGUCUGGGACUUCUUGUGGAAGGUCUUCUCCGCCGACGAAAAGGAGAACCCCAGCCGGCUGAGUCAUGUCGCACUGUUGGCCAGGGACAUGGGCGAAGCCAAAGUGGCGCUCAGCCCUUCGCAACAGCUACUAACGAUCGAAGCCGUAUUUGUGGAUGGCUGGAAUGCAAAGGCUUUGGAAAACUGGAAGCGCUGCAUACCGUCCUUGGGAGGUGCCUCUUCAGAGUCGUUCCAGCAGUUCUGGGAGCUGGGUGUCCGCAUGUACUGCCGUUCAGGGGAUAUGGAUGAAGCCCAGCGUGCCUUGAGCAAGCUCCUCGACAGGGACUCUGACCCGCGCAUCCUGAUGCCGAUCAUCCGUGCUCGCUCCGAGCGAGCUGCGCCUGGGGAUUUUGAAGCUGCGUGGAUAGCGUACCGACAGAUGAGAGAGCUACUGGGUCAGAACAUGAAACUCAGCGACUACGACGACAUCAUCUCCUGCUUUCUGACGACCAACCAGACCGAGAACGCUCUAUACGCCUUUGUCGACAUGAUGAGUGACGGCCAGAUUGACCUGAAGAAGCAAAAGUACAUGCCUUCCGUCGUCGCGAACAAGUUCUUCGUCGGCAAGUGGCUUAAGCGUCUGAUUGGGGCGGGCGAUCUCGAUGGAGCGCACAGCGUCGUCAACUAUAUGCUUGACAGAGGUGUUCAAGCUGCACCGGUGCAGCUCAACGGGCUGAUCGGCGCGUGGCAGAGAUCCGGCGGCGCCGAGAACACGGAGAAGGCGGACAAGAUGGCCUGGUCCAUGAUCCAAGCGCGCAUUGACUUUGUGAGAGCCAGAAAGGACGGCACUUUCAGCUUCCGGCCCACCAAGGGCCCGGCUUCGAUGCCAUCGGCGACCCUCGAAACCUUUUCGGUGCUUGCCGAGAAUUACCGCAUCCGCGGUCUUCACGCAGGGAUGGAGAAACUCUGGGACGCUUUCCAGGAUGCGGAAAUCAGCCCCGAUGCUUUCAUGAUGAAUCAAUUGCUCGAGUCCUGCAUCAGGGCUGGUCAAGUGGAGGAAGCUCAGGGGCUGUACCAGGCUCUAGUUCUGGAGCGUGGCCUACAACCUGACCCUUACACUUUCAGUGCCCUUUGGAAAACUCUAGACAUUAACCAAACAAUUCCGAACCAUGAGGAGGUCAACGUGGAAGGUAUCCGCGCCGCGCGCGAUCUCUUUGCUGAGAUGGCGCGAUGGCUGCCCGUGUUCCCGCCUGAAGGCAUGGAUGGCCAGCUGGCUCGCAAAAUCCUCCACACCUUCCGCCGCCUCAAAGACAACACUGGCUUCCUAGUGGCCCUGACAUCGAUGCGAAAGCUGUUCAACUUCCUGCCGCCCGAGACACUCACACUAGAGCUCCUCAUGGGUACAAUGCGUCUCAUCUGGGAUUCCCCCUUGCAGAAGAGGAAGAUUAUGGCUGCCAAACGCGACAUGGACCGUGAGCUCACGGAAUGGGCCGGCGGUGACGAGACGAAGCUCGCUGGCGAGGGGAGAGGCAUGGCCUUGUAUGAGUAUGUGCACAGAAAGCAUUGGCCCAAGGAAGGAUCGCAGGAAGAGAUGGGCAAGGCUUUCGUGGAAGCCGCCAGAGAAAUGGGCGUGUACGAUGGGCUCAUGUCUACUCGGGACUAG